AUGUCCGAUCCCAAUAGUUCGUUCUCAAAGGAUGCGUCUGAAUCGCUGAAUCUGCUUUCAGAGCCGGUUUUCGGACCGUACGGUGCCGUCAGUGGGUUGAAGAUGGGUGAUAGCAGUGCUCCGAGCAACGAUGUCACGCUUAAUGUAUCCGGUAUGUGGUUUAUUACUUUUUGCUUUUCCUUUAGGUAUGCUCCUUGAUGCAAAUGACCUGAGGAGUCUUCUAUAAGGCUAAUGAAAUUGCUAUUUCGAUGCAAUGUAGUUGUUUUGCGCGCAGAUUGUGGUUCGUAUCAUAUAUUAUCCAAGAUUUAUUACCUAAAUUAACUGGUUUUUAUUAGACUUCUCGGCAUGCGCAGAAAUUUCUUACUUACGAGGUCAUUUUGGAUUUGAGUGAUGAGAAGGACACGAUUUCGGAGCUAGGUGUAGGAUUCUUUGCUUGCUCAGCUGGGUUUCUUUUGACUUUGUCCAAGUUUUAUUUUGUGUGUUCGCUUGGCGAUUAGUUACAAACUUAAAAGAUGGAUGUGUUGAGAGGUCUUCUGCGUAUCCUAGGAGGUAUGGGGAGACUAUAGUAAAUCUAUGAGUUCUUAUUUUUAAAUUAACUUUUCAUUAUGUUUUUAGUAGAAGAACGCACUCCAUUUGUCCAGGCCAGUCCUAAUGGAUCUUCACCAUCCUCCAAGACAGAGCCCGAUGAGAACACCUCCAGAACAGCAACUUUGGUUUAUUGGAUAUUCGUUCUGCAUGGAAUUGGCACGCUGAUGCCGUGGAAUAUGUUCUUGACAAUCGCUCCAGAUGUAAGUUGUAUUAUCCAUGAGGGUUCAUGUUUUGUUAUGUUAUUUGUUUUCAGUAUUUUAUCGGCUACAAGUUCCAUCCUUUGAAGAACGGCACCGAGCCUCCAAAUUACUCUCAGAACUUCUUCAGUUAUCUGGGAGUCUUCUCUCAACUUCCGAACCUGAUCUUGAACUGCUUGAAUUUAUUUAUUGUUUUGAAGGCAGAUCUUAAUGUUAGGAUCAUCUACUCUCUUGUUGUUGUUGCAUCAAUUUGUCUAACCACUGUCGUUUUUGUCUUUAUUCCGACUCAUGAAUGUAAGUUGUAUUUAUUUAGGUACCUUUUAUAUUUUGUUUUGCAUUACGAUGACAAACUUUUAUUCUAGGGAUGUUUGGGUUCUUCAUCUUCACCAUGAUUACGGUAGUUAUAUUGAACAGCGCGAAUGGAGUGUACCAGAACAGCAUCUAUGGAAUACUGGCUGAUUUUCCCGCCAAGUUCACGAAUGCAGUUGUUAUUGGGAAUAAUACUUGCGGUAUCUUCGUUACGGUGAUCUUGAUGAUCACCUUGUCAGUCACGGAUAACACUCUUUUGGUGGCCUUUUCUUACUUUUUGGUGGCUCUGCUGACCGUUCUUUUAUGUUUGGGCACCUUCUUUUAUCUACCUAAACUGGUAAGUUAUCAUCAAGAACAAUGCCUUUUUGUGGAUGAAGCUUAGUGCCUUAUUUUUAGCCGUUUUACGAGUUCUAUGUCUCCAAAGCAAAGCAGUCGCGGAGUGAAACCACUGAACAAAAGCUCAAUUUGGAUGAUUUCAAAUUCGUUUUGAAGCAUGCAAGUCCUUGUUAUUAUUUUUGGUUGAGUGGUUUUAUUUUAUUGAUUAUAAUUUUUUGUUUUCAGGCAUGGGUUCAAAUGCUGAGUGUGUUUCUGACCUUCUUCGUGACUUUGGCCCUCUUCCCAGCGGUCGUCGCAUCAACUGGACUCUAUCCUAACAACAGAAAGUACGAUGUGUUCAUCCCACAAUAUCUCUACACUCAGGUCAUCAUCUUCCUCAACUUUAAUGUGUUUGCGACUGUUGGGAACGUGAUCGCCAACUACGUUCAGAUCCCAGGACACAAGAAUUUGAUCUGGUUUACCGCUCUCAGGCUUCUUUUCCUCCCAUUCUUCUGGUUCUGUAAUUAUGGAGGCGCCAAAAGAUUAUUCCCUGUUUACAUUGAGAAUGAAUGGGUUUUCAUUGGAGGAGUGACUUUGAUGAGUCUCACUCAUGGAUACUUCAGCUCCCUGUCUAUGAUGUAUGCCCCCAGGGCAGUCCCCAAUUCGGCCGCCAGAACUGCUGGAAUGAUGUCCGCCUUCUUCUUGGUUCUUGGUAAGUUUUUUCAUGAAUAUCUGUAUAUUGUUCAUGACUUAUAUUUAAAUUAUUGUUAAUUUCCUUUUAGGUAUUGCCGUUGGGGUUGCGUUUACAUUCAUCGAAGCACGCAUCUUUGUCGCUCAGUAA